GCGAGUCUAUGAGGCCUAGAGGAGAAACAAAUGAUAUCGAGCCCUACAAAUAGCAGCGCCAGGUGCCGUGUCCCCUCCUCUUUCCCCACACGCUUGUCGACACGAUUUGAUAACUACAACCCUUCUUCGGCCUUCUAUCCUCCUUCCUGUCCUUUCUUCCGAAACCAGCAUCCCACACUCCCCUUCCUUCACGCUCAAAAUGGCCUCCACGCCCCCUUUCGAUGACGAGAAGGACAUUUCCAAGCUUGAAGGCGGCGCAGUGCUCGCCCACACCGUCACGUACGGCUCGCAGUCGCCUCACGGUGAUGGUGCCGUCACCGUAGAGGACCUUCAACGCACUAAGCGGAUCAUGCGAAAGAUAGACUUCAGGUUGCUACCCAUCUGCUCUAUCCUCUACCUCUUCUCUUUCCUCGAUCGCACAGCCAUCGGAAAUGCCAAGAUCGCCGGCAUGGUCGCCGAUCUGAAACUGGACACCACUCAGUACUUCAUGUGCCUUGCCCUGUUCUUCAUCACCUAUGGACUCUUCGAGGUGCCCUCUAACCUGAUGCUGAAGCACUACGGUGCCAAGACUUGGUUGCCUAUUAUUGUAUUCUUUUGGGGAGUCACCAUGAUGUGCACUGGUUUUGUCACCAACUUUGCCGGCCUACUUUCCAUGCGUCUCGUCUUGGGCAUCUUUGAGGCUGGUCUCUUCCCUGGUGUCACUGCCCUCCUGUCUUUCAUCUACCCACGGCGGUUCAUCCAGCUACGCAUCGGAAUCUUCUUCUCCGCUGCGACCAUCGCUGGCGCUUUCGGAGGUCUGCUUGCCUACGGCUUGGCUCACGUCGAGACUGGAGGAUACGCUGGCUGGUCUUGGAUCUUCAUCGUCGAAGGUAUCCUCACUAUUGCCGUCGCCUUCCUUGGCUACUUUAUGCUCAUUUCCAACAUCGAUGGCGCUCACUUCCUAUCUGAGGACGAAAAGACCUACAUGAGGGAGCGUGUCAUUUACGAUGGAACAGACAUUCCCAUGAAUGACGCAUUCCAGCGUCGCUUUGUCAUAGCAGGACUCACUGACUGGAAGACAUGGGCCUCCCUGGUCUCCUACAUUGGAUCUCUGGCCCCACUUUACUCCAUUGCGCUGACUCUGCCGACCAUCCUCAAGACGUUUGGAUAUGAUGCGAUUCGAAGUCAGCUGAUGACGGUUCCCGUCUACGUGGUCGCUGCGGUUUGCGUACUCAUCUUUGCGUACCUGUCGGACCGCUUCCAAAACAGGACCUUCUUUCUUUGCCUCGGCACAGCCAUUUCAGCCAUUGGCUGGGGCUUCGGACAUGCGACCUACAACCCUUCCGUCCGAUACGCUGGUUGCUUUGUUGCCGCGGCCGGAUCAUACGCUGGCUUCCCCUCUGUCGUCGCACUUGUGUCGCAGAAUGUCGGUGGCAAGACCAAGAAGGCCACUGCCAUCGCCAUCCAGGUCGGCGUUGGAGGCCUGGCAGGCAUGAUUUCCUCGGGCAUCUUCCCAGCCGCCGAGGCUCCUCACUUUGACAACGCUUACAAGAUCAACAUCGCCCUGAAUUGCGUUGCCUUUGGUGCGGCUCUGGUCAACUUCUCUUGCUUGUACCUUGCCAACAAGCGCAAGCAGGCGAAGAUCGACUCAGGUGAAGCCGCGCGUCUGACCAAGCAAGAGUGUGCCGAUCUGGGAGACUGCUCCCCAUACUUCAAGUACAGGUAUUAAACGCACGACUAGCGAUCAAAUAAGCAAUCACUCCAGACAGCACCACUUCUGUCAGCCUCUCCAUAGUCUCUUUGCCGUACGUCCCCGUUCCACCAAUGUUGUUUGUAGUCCCAAAUGUCAUCAACGCUAUCUCAUAGUCCAGUCUCCAACGCUCGUGUGGUCCAGAAAGAUGCGCGUGAGCACUUUCUGACCAGCUUGACAAGCUGUUAUUAUUACGGAGUGAACAUAAAAGCCAUACGAGACGAGGUGCCUCAAGCCAUGAG